CCCGUAGGGGCCACGUGUGGGGCUGGAGGACUGUACAAAGAACACUUGUGGGGCUGGAGGACCCCAUAGAGGACACGUGUGGGGCUGGAGGACUCCAUAGAGGACACGUGUGGGGCUGGAGGACCCGUACGGGCCACGUGUGGGGCUGGAGGAGGGCUCGGAGUCCUCCCGCUCCUGGCCCCGCCCUCCCGGCCCCGCCUCCGGCCGCCUCUACCCGCGCUGCCGCUCUCUAUGGCCCGCCGCCGCCUCUCAUUGGCCGCGCCACCUGCCUAUCCCCGCGCAAAGCCCGCCCCUUCCUCCCGCCGCCCUGAUUGGCCGCCCCAUCCCGCCACACCGCCUCCAGGGGGCGGGAAACCUCCGCCCCGCCCCCGCGCCGCUCUCAUUGGCCCACGGCGGCGGCGGCGGCGCGCGCUGAUUGGCCGCGGCGGCGGCGGCGGCCCGCGCGGCCCCAAGAUGGCGGCGGAGGUGGCGGAGGCGCUGACGCUGCUGGCGGCGCUGCGGGACCAGGUGGCCGCCGUCACGGCGCACGCGCGGACGCUGCUGCGGCGGGUGCGGGAGGGGCAGUUCCGCACCGAGCAGGGGCCGUCCCUGCUGGAGCUCCGCCCCCAGCUGCUGCUGCUCUACCUGCAGGACCUGGCGCUGCUGGCGGGGGCCAAGGUGGGCGGGGCCUCGCUGGGGGCGGAGCCCGCCCUGCCCCGCCUCCUGGAGACCCGCGUGGUGCUGGAGAAGAUGCGGCCGGUGGAGCAGCGCCUCAAGUACCAGGUGGAGAAGCUGCUGCGGGCGGCGGCCGCCGGGGCCCUGGGUGACAACGACCCGCUGCGCUUCCGCCCCGCCCCCGGCAACAUGACGACGCGGGAGGAGGAGGAGGAGGAGGAGGAGGAGGAGGAGGAAGGAGCCGCGAAGGCGCCGGGGCUGGGAGGGGGGCGCCGCUACGUGCCCCCCCGCCUGGUGCCCGUGCAGUACGCGGAGGCCCCCCCGGAGCGGGCGGCGCGGGAGCGGGAGCGGGAGCGGCGGCUGCGGCGGGCGCUGAGCAGCUCGGUGCUGCGGGAGCUGCGCCAGGAGCUGAGCGAGGCCCCCGAGGAGCUGCCGGCGGGGGGGGGGGCGGCCCAGCCCCACGGCGGGCGGCUGCAGCGCGAGAGGACGCGGCUGGAGGAGGCCAUGCUGGUGCGGCUGAGCGAGGGGCGGCGGGGGCGGCGGCGGCGGGGGGGGGCGGCGGGGGCCGAGAGCCUGGAGGCCGUCGCCCGCUUCGGCGCCGCGGGGGCCCUGCUGGCGCCCCACGAGCAGGACGAGACCCCCCCCAAGAAGAGGAAGAAGAGGCCGAAGGCGGCGAAGAGGAAGACGAAGGGUUUCCGCCGGCGACGCUGAUCCCGCCCCCCCCCGCCGGCUGCGCCUCGUUACCUCGUUGCCGCGGCGACGCUGGGGGUAAUUAAGGCACCGGUGAUUAAUUGAGGCCUUGAAGUAAUUAGCGGCUGAUGGGGGGAGGCGGCGGCAGAGAGUAAAAUCGGCGUUUUUUAAUUAAAAAUAUGAAAAUGGGGAAAAACGGCCCCAAAAAGAA